UAUUUCCUCAAGUGUAUAUAUAUAGGCAUUGCCUAAUGAAGAAAUGAACUAAGAUUAACAUCUACAUCUUCCACUUGUAUUCUACUAUUCUUUCUUUCUCGUUAUUUUAUAACAACUAAUUAAUUACAAUAUGCAUUGUUUUAUACAGUGUACACUAAUUUUGUUGUACUCGAUAAUUUUCAUCAAUACGUAAUCAAAGAUAAUAAUGGUCAAAGACGGGUCAACGUUCUCGCAAACCAUACACGGAAUACCAUGGUUAAAAAAAAAAAGAAAAAUCGAAUCGAAGGGUUUAUCAAUCUUUUAAUCUCUCCUCCCAACUCUGAACACUAUUUUUCUCAACUCGUUCUCAAAAAUGAAGUAUUUACGAUUCAUUUCACCCAAGUUCUCAACUCUUCGCCAAAACCCUAAUCUCGAUUUUCUAGGGUUUAUCCAAUCAUCAAAUGCAAUCUCCUCGCGCAAUUACAGCACCACUCCAGCUACCGAAUCGGCCCCAAAACCACCGCUACCGGCGGCGAAGAUCACCUCAAUCGCCAACGAAAUCUCGAAUUUGACAUUGCUAGAAGUGGCAGACUUGACGAGUUUGCUUGGGAAGAAAUUGGAGGUGAAAGAUUUGCCGAUUGUUUCGUUGAUGAUGCCGGGAAUGGGGUUCAGUCUCCGAGGAAUGGGUGGCGCUGGAGGCGGUGCUGCGGCGGCGCCGGUGGAGGAGGAGAAGAAGGAGAAGACUGUGUUUGAUUUGAAGUUGGAAGCCGGGUUCGAGGCCGGGGCGAAGAUUAAGAUUAUUAAGGAGGUUAGGAGUUUUACUGAUUAUGGUUUGAAGGAGGCUAAAGAGCUGGUGGAGAAGGCUCCGGCGGUGUUGAAGACCGGGGUUUCGAAGGAGGAUGCGGAAAAGAUUAUUGAUAAGAUGAAGGCGAUUGGCGCGAAAGUGAUCAUGGAGUGAGGUCGGUCUCUGAUUUAGUUAGAUUUUUUGCCUGAGGAGGGUUGGCAGAAUGAAGAAUUCCCUCUCUAAAUUGUGGCAUCUCUAAGCCUGCCAACUCUUGAUGCGCCAUUUUCCUUGCUUACAAAGGGCUGUGGUCGAGAUAAAUUAAUAUUUCAAUGAUAUCUCUUGGAUUUUCCAUCAAGCCUGAAGUGCUGGAUUCUACUUGUAUGUUUUCUCGUAUAAUUCAUGGUUGUAGUCUUCACUGAGAGUAGGUGAAAAUGUUUCGAAAAUUUUGCACUUCAAUCACGCACCUUACAAAUCUGUAAGGGUUACUGGCUUACUGCAAUAUAAUAAACAUCUCCAUUCUUAUAUAUGGUCGUAUUGUUUUCGUUUAGAAUUUUCUUGAUUAUUGCUACUCUGGACUAAGCUUAUUAGAAUUCUUUUUUCAUUUCA